AAUAUCGGGAACUGCCAUUGUUUCUCUUGUUAUUGUUUUGGGUUAGUUUCAGGGACCGAGUUUCUCUGCAACUCUCAGAGAGCAGAGGAAGUUGGUUGCCCUCGUUCUCCCUUCUCUCUAGAAGUAUUGUAUUCUCACUUUAAAAGCUUCAUCUUUUCUAUAGUUUUUGUGUUGUUUUUUACAUGAACCACCAGUAAUCAGAAAUCAGAGGAUUGAAACAAGGUAUUACUGUCUUAAAGAUUUCAAGCUUUAUUUUUUGAUAUUCGUCUAAAAAUGGAGGUUACCAGUAAAAUGAAAUGCAUUGAUCUUGGCUCAAAGUUUUUGACUGGUUCAUCUUCACUGGAUACUAGAAAACCAAUUAUAAGACCCAAUUUUAAGCCAGCUUUGGCUUGGAGAAUUAAGCGUUUUGAAAAGCCAUUGCUUUUUACUAAUUCGAUGAAGAAAAAUGAGCAUUUCAUCAAGAAAGAAUGUUCUUUUAGUGUGAGGAACCCUAGAGUUUCAGCAGUUGCAGCUGAGACCACUGUUACUGAAACCACUGACAUAGAGUCUUUGUUUUCUGAUGAUUCCACUGCUAAGUUCCAACCUAAGAGGAAUAGUAAGCAGUCAUCUGUUGGAGCUUCAAGUGUUUCUUCUGGUAUUAGGCUAGAGAACAUUAGCAAAACAUUUAAAGGAGUUACAGUUUUGAAAGAUGUUAGCUGGGAAGUGAAAAAGGGGGAAAAGGUUGGUUUGGUGGGCGUUAAUGGAGCCGGAAAAACAACCCAAUUGAAAAUUAUCACUGGUGAAGAAGAACCCGAUUCAGGAAACAUAAUUAAGGCAAAACCCAAUAUGAAAAUCGCAUUUUUGACCCAGGAAUUCGAGGUUUCGCCUAGCAAAACUGUAAGAGAAGAAUUUAUGAGUACUUUUAAGGAGGAAAUGGAGAUUGCACAGAGACUUGAAAAGGUUGAAAAGGCUCUUGAGUCCACAAUUGAGGAUUUGAAUUUGAUGGGGAGGCUUUUGGAUGAGCAGGAUUUGCUUCUAAAGAGGGCAGAGGCUUUGGAUUUGGAUGAAGUGGAUGCCAAGAUUAGCAAGAUGAUGCCUGAGCUAGGUUUUGCACCAGAGGAUGGUGAUAGAUUGGUGGCAUCGUUCAGUAGCGGGUGGCAAAUGAGGAUGUCACUUGGCAAAAUUCUUCUUCAGGAACCUGAUUUGCUUCUCUUGGACGAGCCCACAAAUCACCUUGAUCUCGACACAAUUGAGUGGCUCGAAGGUUACCUUAAAAAGCAAGCUGUACCGAUGGUUAUUAUAUCACAUGACAGAGCUUUCCUUGAUCAGCUCUGCACUAAAAUUGUUGAGACAGAUAUGGGUGUGUCGAAGACAUAUGAGGGGAAUUACUCUGAGUAUAUCAUAGCAAAAGCAACAUGGAUAGAGGCUCAAUAUGCGGCUUGGGAGAAACAGCAAAAACAAAUUGAUCAUACAAAAGGCAUUAUAAAUAGACUGAGUGCUGGAGCUAAUGCUGGUCGUGCUUCUACUGCAGAGAAGAAGCUGGAGAAACUUCAAGAUGAAGAACAAAUUGAGAAACCAUUCCAGCGCAAACAGAUAAAGUUCAGAUUCCCGGAGCAGGAAAGGAGUGGACGAUCUGUAGUAACCAUUAAAAAUGUGGAAUUUGGAUACGAGGAUCAGAUUCUGUUUCAUAAGGCAAACCUGAAUAUUGAGAGGGGUGAAAAAGUUGCUAUUAUUGGUCCAAAUGGAUGUGGAAAGAGCACACUUCUUAAAAUGAUAAUGGGUUAUGUGAAACCAGAUCGUGGUGAAGUUUUACUUGGGGAGCACAAUGUUUUGCCUAACUACUUUGAGCAGAACCAGGCAGAAGCCCUGGAUUUGGAUAAGACUGUUAUUGAAACAGUGGAAGAAGCUGUGGAGGAUUGGAGACUUGACGAUAUAAAGGGACUCCUUGGUCGUUGCAAUUUUAAAUUAGACAUGCUUGACCGAAAGGUCUCGCUUUUGAGUGGUGGUGAAAAGGCACGGCUUGCUUUCUGCAAAUUUAUGGUGAAACCAUCAACUUUACUCAUUUUGGAUGAACCAACCAACCAUCUUGAUAUACCUACAAAGGAGAUGCUGGAGGAGGCGAUACGGGAAUACACAGGCACUGUUGUUGCAGUUUCUCACGAUCGGUACUUCAUUAGGGAAAUAGUGAAUAGAGUGGUGGAAUUGAAGGAUAAAACUCUACAAGACUAUGCAGGGGAUUAUAAUUAUUAUCUGGAGAAAAACCUCGAUGCCCGAGAAAAAGAACUGGAACGGGAAGCAGAGUUGGAGGAAAAGGCGCCCAAAGUGAAAGCCAAAUCUAAGAUGUCAAAGGCGGAGAAGGAAGCUAGGAAGAAACAGAGGGUGGCUGCAUUUCAACAGGCAAAAUCAAAGUCGAAAGGAUUGAAGAAUGCAAAGAGAUGGAACUGAUCCCCUUGCCCCGAAGUUAUUACGUUGACCCAUUGUAAGUAUUCAGAGCAUAGAAAGGCAGGAGGUGUUACUUCCUAUUCUUAUGGUAAAUGGCCUCAUGGAGAAGGCCAACCUCUGAACUAGCCCCUGUAUAUAAAUGGUUUCUUUUUAUGUAAUUUAGAUGGUCAAAUUUGGGUCGAGAUC